AUGUCUCCCGCCCCCCGCGGCCCCCGCAGCCUCCUGCUCCCCCUGCUCACGCUCGCCACCGCGCUCGCCUCCCUCGGCUCGGCCCAGAGCAGCGGCUUCAGCCCCGAAGCCUGGCUGCAGCAGUAUGGCUACCUGCCCCCCGGGGACCUACGUACCCACACACAGCGCUCACCUCAGUCCCUCUCAGCUGCCAUCGCUGCCAUGCAGAGGUUCUACGGUUUGCGGGUGACAGGCAAGGCUGAUGCAGACACCAUGAAGGCCAUGAAGCGCCCCCGGUGUGGUGUUCCAGACAUGUUUGGGGCUGAGAUCAAGGCCAAUGUUCGAAGAAAGCGCUACGCCAUCCAGGGCCUUAAGUGGCAGCAUAAUGAGAUCACUUUCUGCAUCCAGAAUUACACCCCCAAGGUGGGUGAGCAUGCCACAUAUGAGGCAAUUCGCAAGGCCUUCCGUGUGUGGGAGAGUGCCACACCACUGCGUUUCCGAGAAGUACCCUAUGCCUACAUCCGAGAAGGCCAUGAGAAGCAGGCCGACAUCAUGAUCCUGUUUGCUGAGGGUUUCCAUGGCGACAGCACACCCUUUGAUGGUGAGGGCGGCUUCCUGGCCCAUGCCUACUUCCCAGGCCCCAACAUUGGAGGGGACACCCACUUUGACUCUGCUGAGCCCUGGACUGUCCGGAAUGAUGAUCUGAAUGGGAAUGACAUCUUCCUAGUGGCUGUGCAUGAGCUUGGCCACGCCCUGGGUCUGGAGCAUUCCAAUGACCCUUCAGCCAUCAUGGCGCCCUUUUACCAGUGGAUGGACACGGAGAACUUUGUAUUGCCUGAUGAUGACCGCCGGGGCAUCCAGCAACUUUAUGGGAGUGAGUCAGGGCUACCCACUAAGAUGCCCCCUCAACCCAGGACUACCUCCCGGCCCUCUGUCCCUGAUAAGCCCAAAAACCCCACCUAUGGGCCCAACAUCUGUGACGGGAACUUUGACACCGUGGCCAUGCUCCGAGGGGAGAUGUUUGUUUUCAAGGAGCGCUGGUUCUGGCGGGUGAGGAAUAACCAAGUGAUGGAUGGGUACCCAAUGCCCAUUGGCCAAUUCUGGAGGGGCCUGCCUGCAUCCAUCAACACUGCCUAUGAGAGGAAGGAUGGCAAAUUUGUCUUCUUCAAAGGAGAUAAACAUUGGGUGUUUGAUGAGGCUUCCCUGGAACCUGGCUACCCCAAACACAUCAAGGAGCUGGGCCGAGGGCUGCCUACUGACAGGAUAGAUGCAGCUCUCUUCUGGAUGCCCAAUGGAAAGACCUACUUCUUCCGGGGAAACAAGUACUACCGUUUCAAUGAGGAGUUCAGGGCAGUGGACAGCGAGUACCCCAAAAACAUCAAAGUCUGGGAAGGGAUCCCUGACUCUCCCAGAGGGUCAUUCAUGGGCAGCGAUGAAGUCUUCACUUACUUCUACAAGGGGAAUAAGUACUGGAAAUUCAACAACCAGAAACUGAAGGUGGAGCCGGGCUACCCCAAGUCGGCGUUGCGGGACUGGAUGGGCUGCCCUUCGGGAGGCCAGCCAGACGAGGGGACUGAGGAGGAGACGGAAGUGAUCAUCAUCGAGGUGGACGAGGAGGGCAGCGGGGCCGUGAACGCAGCCGCCGUGGUGCUGCCCGUGUUGUUGCUGCUUCUGGUGCUGGCAGUGGGCCUCGCAGUCUUCUUCUUCAGACGCCAUGGGACCCCCAAGCGACUGCUGUACUGCCAGCGUUCCCUGCUGGACAAGGUCUGACCCCCACCGCCCGCCCACCCACUCCUACCACGAGGACUUUGCCUCUGAAGGCCACGGCAGCAGGUGGUGGUGGGUGGGCUGCUCCUACCCGUCCUGAGCGCCGUCCCUCCAGCCUUCCGUCUCUCUUCCUGCUUGGCGUCUCCCACCCUCACCCUGGCGUUGCUUCUUCCCUAGAUGGGGCCCUUGAGGGCUGAGCAGGAGGGCAGCCCCUUCUAGCCCCUGGCACUCAUAGGAACCCUACAGCUUUGCGUGUCCAGCCCCACCUGAAUGUCGUGGGGGCUCUGCACUUGAAGGCAGUACCCUCAGACCUCACUGGUAAAGGUCACAUGGGGUCAUCUGCUCCUUUCCUAUCCCCUGACUUACCUUAAACCUCUGAACUCUGACCUCAGGAGGCUCUGGGCACUCCAGCCCUGCAAGCCCCGAGUGUACCCAAUUGGUAGCCUCCACCACUCUUUGGCUAAAAGAAAUCUAAUCUUGGUGGUGGAGGCCCUGAGGGAGGUGAGGGGAAAAGAUUGCUCCACCACCUUAAGACCUAGGAGGAAAUCUCAAGAAGGGUCUUGAUGCCUUGGACCGUCAAUUUCCUCCCCACAAAGCUCUGUCUCUGUCUGCCCAACCCUGGAGAACGUCCAAAGAAGGAGCCUGAGCCAUUAAGGACUAAGCUGGGGCUGAAGAAACCCUUGGCAGCCCCAACCCCUUGCAAAUGUUAGCCUUGGAUGGGGAUUUCAAGGUUGGGAGAGCUGAAGACAGGGAUGUGGCCCAGGGUGGAGUGGGCCAAGUGGAGGACCAGGGCUGGAGCCCUGGAGCGUCAGCCUGACGGCCACAGAAGGAGCCUUGCUGGAAUGGCAGGCAACUAGGGCAGGGACCCGAGGCAGAGCAGUCAGCGGGGAUGGGAAUGAAGUGUGGCAGCCGUGGGUACUGGGGGCCGGGCAGGCCACAGGGGGGGCUGUGGUACCCAGGGGAGGGCACAUUUUAUUGCAGCUCUCAGGAAGGGCCCUGAAGAAGACACACUGGCUCCACCUUGGCCCCUUUCUUGCUGACUAGACAGCAUGAGGGGACGGGCAGGAAGCCCAGAGACAGGAGCCAAGAAGGCACACGUGCAGGGACUGGGGACUUGGGGACCUUGCUGAGAGAGGCCACCUGCUUGUGGGACCAGAGGAGAUUGUAGGGCCCCGGCGGGCUCGCCAUGCCCAGGGGUACUUCAUGGUAGGGUUAGCCCCUCGUUUCCCUGACGCCCACACUCAGCCCACCUCACCGCUGUCCUGCCCUCCCUCUCUGCCACUCAGCCCACCCAUUUGAAGUCUCCUUCGGCCACCAAAGGCGGUCAUGGUACCGGGGGAUUGGGACAGAGACACCUUUGUUGGGGCCAGAGGAGAGGGAUGUUGGGGGGUGGGGCAUGGGGGUAAGGGAAAUGGGGUGAACGGUGCUGGAAGUUCGGCUAAAUUUCUGUCUUGUUUGUUUUUAUUUUGGGGUUUUUUAAUGUAUAUUUUUAUUAUAAUUAUUAUAUAUGAACUCCAUUCAAGUCGUUCCUUUUUGUUAAGGGGCAUGGGGAGGGGAGGGGGAGGGGGGCAGAGGUGUCUGACCCCAGGAACCUGCAGGGCGGGGCUGGGUCAGUGCCCUCUAAGGACAUUUUUGAUCUUGUUCAACCUUUCCACAAAGAAUAAACUGUGUUUCACAUUC